AUGGCAAUGAGAUAUCUCCUCCUCGGCCUCGGCCUGGGCCUAUCUGGUGCCAACGCAAUGCCAAAUCAAGUUCUCGGCACUCGAACCAAUUCCGAAAGUCGAUCGAGCUCCGCUGUAGCCUCUGCAGAGUCUCCCACAGUCUAUAUUGACACCUAUGCGGCCACGGUGCAGGGAAAUCGAUCACAAUACGUCAAUUCAGUCUACAACUUCAAGGCCAUCCCGUUUGCCUCAGCCCCUACCGGCGAGUAUCGUUGGAAGCAUCCGCAGCACGUUUCUGGAUGGUCAGGUAUUCGUGAUGCGACCCACUUUGCCCCAGACUGUCCACAAACCGGGUCGGAUAACUAUUCUGAGGAUUGUCUGUAUUUGAACAUUUGGACUCCAGACUCGGUUCCGCUCAACAAUGUGGUCAAUAACACCAUUACUGGCAUUGGUGUUUCUCCAGCCAACACGACCGAGAGUUUACCUGUUUACGUCUGGUUCUAUGGUGGCCGCUUCGGCGCCGGCUCUGCUAGUCAGUCGACAUUUGAUGGUGCCGGGUUGGCUGCUAAGGGUGUUGUCGUCGUGACCGUUAACUAUCGUCUCGGGGCGUUGGGCUGGCUUGCGCAUCCGGAAUUGAGCGCUACCUCGGGAAGUGGAACCUCCGGCAACUAUGGUCUGGUCGAUCAACAGGCUUCGUUGCACUGGACAAACGAAAACAUUGCUGCUUUUGGUGGUGAUGCUUCGCGGAUCACUAUUGGUGGGCAAUCUGCAGGCGCUGCGUCGGUGUUAGACCACCUCAACAGUGAACUGGCAGAUGAUCUUUUCGAGCAAGUCAUCUCUGAAAGUGGUGCUACCUAUCCAUCGAACCCGCUCAUUGGUAGUCUUGCUGAGAGCUACCGUCAUUUGGGCGAAGCUGAAAAACAAGGCGUCUCUUACCUUUCCAGCCUCAACAUCAGCAACAUCACCGUGGCGCGUGAUGCACCCCUCGACUUGUUCUUGGAUAGCGGUGAUUUGAAUGAUGUUACUUUCAAGGACACUGUCUUUGCAAACAACUCGGCUUAUAUUGAGCCUCCCUUGUUUAGACCCGUGUUAGAUGGAUAUGUGCUUCCAGCCACCUACCAUGAAAUGCUCGUGCGCGGAAACCACACAACUGCUCCCGUGUUGACCGGAGGCAAUCUUGAUGAGAACGGAGCCACACCAAACCCCGGCUUCACUGUCAGUAGCUACAAAGCACAGAGUCAAUACGAAUUUGGCAGUGUUGGACUGGCAGAGGAAUACUUCAAGCUGUACCCUGCUGGUAGCAGUAACACGAGCGCCGACACCGCCAUCAACACCUUCUACCAAGACCAGACGAAGGUUUCCAUUUGGCUCUGGGCAAGCGAGUACCUUGCUGGGUCUGCGCGCAAUACUUCCGGCAAUGGAACCUACCAAACAUAUACCUACUAUUGGACACACGCCCCUCCCGGUCAGGAUGCAGGUGCCUACCAUGGCAGUGAGCUCAACUAUGCGUUCAACAACUUGUAUGCGACCGACUUGCCUUGGACUUCCAAGGAUUAUGAAAUCGCCGACAAGCUUUCCAGCUACUGGGCAAACUUCAUCAGCUCUGGCAAUCCUAAUGGUAAAGGUUUGCCUCAGUGGCCAGAGGCCAGUUCAAAGAAGGCAGUCACUAUGGAGCUUGGCGACGCGUGGAAGCCCAUCACCGUGGCUAGUGAGGAGAAGAUCUCAUUCAUCCGCAAAUGGUUCUCCAAGUGGCCAGUUUAUUAG